CGGCUGCCGCGUCUUGCUGUGCUCGCACCUGCCGCUCCCGACGACUGGCGCCCGCCGUGCCUGCCGCCUGCCACAAACAAAGCCAACUCCCGACCCCCGCCGUCGCAUUCCCUCUCGUCCCUCUGCUUCCUUGCCGACUUGAUUCUACUCUCCUAACUUUAUUGACGACAGCCUUCUUCUCAUCAAUAAAUGGAAACAUAUUCAAAUCCGUUGUUGGACGGCCGUCCCGCAUUUCAAAAUCAGUCAAGCAUCCCAUCGCAACCAAAGGAACAAAUCAUGGCCGACGCUCGUACCGAUUCACGUGAGAUACACGCUGGAGCCGAGAUGAAUGGCAACAGCGAAAGUCGUCCCCAAGUACCAACAUGGUCAGUCGCGAACGCAAAGGAAGCGAAGCCUCCAAUUUUGCUCCAACGUGCGGCCGAGCACGAACUACCAAACUCCGAAGCCAAAGUCGAAACGGAGCUCUCUGCCGGAAGUCACGCCGCCUCGGCCGACGCCGAUGCACAAUCAGACAUUGAUGAACUACUUACUGGCGGCGAUGCUGAACCGGAACCUCCUCGGUAUGAUGGCGACUUUGAUAUUGAGAGACACGACUACUGGUGGAAUCUGCUCGACAUGGACAAUCCUCGACAUUCCAGAGCUUCUAAGGGCAUGCGCUAUGGUACAGAACGCAAUCCUAGAUGUGAUACGUGUGAAAGACAGAACAGAGCCUGUAUGACGCGGCCUAACAGCCACGAUAAGACUGGAUGUGUUCGGUGCUCAUACACUCAGAGUGGUUGUUCUCAUGCCCGCGAAGCCAGAGAAUCUCAUGUAAGUUUACAAGUCUCAUCACACUUUCCCAUCAAAACUAAAGCUUUACUAGCAACAACGAACUGGAUUCCCGCUGCUCAAGAUUGCCGGUGCUCGCAAGCGUGAUGAUAUGGACGACGACGACUCUCGCAGCCCUCCUAUCGAGCUUGCCGCAAAGCGUCCGCGUCUUUCGAGUUACAGCGGUGGGUUCCCAGAAGGAGGUAGAGCUAUGAAC